ACAAGUCCCAGCAUCCACCGCGCGGCCCAGGCCUGUCAGGGUAGUAGGCGUUGCGUGAGGCGGGUAAAUGUUCGCGGAAGCGGCAAAGACGACACGGCCUUGUGGGAUGGCGGAGUUUAAGGAGAAGCCUGAGGCCCCGACUGAGCAGCUGGAUGUCGCGUGCGGCCAGGAAAACUUGCCGGUGGGCGCGUGGCCCCCGGGGGCCGCGCCGGCGCCCUUCCAGUACACUCCUGAUCAUGUAGUUGGACCUGGAGCAGACAUUGAUCCCACUCAAAUAACCUUUCCCGGAUGCAUUUGUGUCAAAACUCCCUGCCUCCCUGGCACUUGCUCCUGUCUCCGCCAUGGAGAGAACUAUGAUGAUAACUCAUGCCUUAGAGAUAUAGGAUCUGGAGGAAAGUAUGCAGAGCCUGUUUUUGAAUGCAAUGUCCUGUGCCGAUGCAGUGACCACUGCAGAAACAGAGUGGUCCAGAAAGGUCUACAGUUCCACUUCCAAGUGUUCAAGACGCAUAAAAAAGGCUGGGGACUUCGUACCUUGGAAUUUAUACCAAAAGGAAGGUUUGUCUGUGAAUAUGCUGGUGAGGUUUUAGGAUUCUCUGAAGUUCAGAGAAGAAUUCACUUACAAACAAAAUCCGACUCCAAUUACAUUAUAGCCAUCAGGGAACAUGUUUAUAAUGGGCAGGUAAUGGAAACAUUUGUUGACCCUACUUAUAUAGGAAAUAUUGGAAGAUUCCUUAAUCAUUCUUGUGAGCCAAACCUUUUGAUGAUUCCUGUCCGAAUUGACUCAAUGGUACCUAAGUUGGCACUUUUUGCAGCCAAAGAUAUUGUGCCAGAAGAAGAACUCUCUUAUGAUUAUUCAGGAAGAUAUCUUAAUCUAACAGUCAGUGAAGACAAAGAAAGGCUAGAUCAUGGGAAACUAAGGAAACCUUGUCACUGUGGUGCCAAAUCAUGUACUGCUUUCCUGCCUUUUGACAGUUCUCUGUACUGCCCCGUAGAAAAGUCGAACAUCAGGUGUGGAAAUGAGAAGGAACCCAGCAUGUGUGGCUCAGCCCCUUCUGUGUUCCCCUCCUGCAAGCGAUUGACCCUUGAGACUACGAAAAUGAUGUUAGACAAAAAGCAAAUUCGAGCAAUUUUCUUAUUCGAGUUCAAAAUGGGUCGUAAAGCAGCAGAAACAACUCGCAAUAUCAACAAUGCAUUUGGCCCAGGAACUGCUAACGAACGUACAGUGCAGUGGUGGUUCAAGAAGUUUUGCAAAGGAGAUGAGAGCCUUGAAGAUGAGGAGCGUAGUGGCCGGCCAUCAGAAGUUGACAACGACCAGUUGAGAGCAAUCAUCGAAGCUGAUCCCCUUACAACUACACGAGAAGUUGCCGAAGAACUCAAUGUCAACCAUUCUACGGUCGUUCGGCAUUUGAAGCAAAUUGGAAAGGUGAAAAAGCUCGAUAAGUGGGUGCCUCAUGAGCUGACUGAAAAUCAAAAAAAUCGUCGUUUUGAAGUGUCAUCUUCUCUUAUUCUACGCAACCACAACGAACCAUUUCUCGAUCGGAUUGUGACGUGUGAUGAAAAGUGGAUUUUAUAUGACAACCGGCGACGAUCAGCUCAGUGGUUGGAUCAAGAAGAAGCUCCAAAGCACUUCCCAAAGCCAAUCUUGCACCCAAAAAAGGUCAUGGUCACUAUUUGGUGGUCUGCUGCUGGUCUGAUCCACUACAGCUUUCUGAAUCCCGGUGAAACCAUUACAUCUGAGAAGUAUGCUCAGGAAAUCGAUGAGAUGCACCAAAAACUGCAACGCCUGCAGCUGGCAUUGGUCAACAGAAAGGGCCCAAUUCUUCUCCACGACAAUGCCCGACCGCAUGUUGCACAACCCACACUUCAAAAGUUGAAUGAAUUGGGCUAUGAAGUUUUGCCUCAUCCACCGUAUUCACCUGACCUCCUGCCAACCAACUACCACGUCUUCAAGCAUCUCAACAACUUUUUGCAGGGAAAACGCUUCCACAACCAGCAGGAUGCAGAAAAUGCUUUCCAAGAGUUCGUCAAAUCCCAAAGCACGGAUUUUUACGCUACAGGAAUAAACCAACUUAUUUCUCGUUGGCAAAAAUGUGUUGAUUGUAAUGGUUCCUAUUUUGAUUAAUAAAAAUGCAUUGAGCCUA